AUGGCGUCAGAUGACGUAGUUUCCUGUAGGUUAAUGCCCGCUGCCCUGCAUUCCAUUCAGCCUACUUACAGCCAAAUCCCUGAUGGCUUAGCUUGUGCUCAGAGGCCCCUGCCGAGUCUCCCGCACAACGACGUAAUCUCCGGUGUGGUCCGGUCAGCCUCCCUCCCUGCACGCACUCGCGGGCCAAGGGACGCCUCAUACGAUGCGGCAUCCUGUAGGUCAUUGCCGGCUGUUCUACAGUCUGUCGAACCCAUCUAUAGUGAGAUCCUCGAUCACAUGGCCACUGCGCAGCGCCCCCUGCCGCCUCUCCCGCGCACAUCCCGGGAGAUGUCAGAACAAGAAGCUGCUGCACAGUGCCCCCUGUUUGCCCCAGCACAUACCUACAGCGUGAUCUUAGAUGAUGAGAAGAGCGGUCCCAUGCCUUUCUCUGCUAAUCCUGCGGGGUUUUCCCUUCAUGUUGUCACAGAUAGUGGGCAAACUCGAUGGGAUUCCCUGGAUGUCACAACGACUUCCAAAAGACAUGGGUCUGGAAGAUAUAUGGUCACAUAUGGGUCAGCUGAACAGAACAAAGCCCAGUGUGAUAACAUUUAUAGAAAGGCCCUCCUCGAGUUCCAGGGUAUAAGAGCCCGCAGAAAUCUGAGGACGGGUUUAGUAUCCCAGGAUACAGACCAAAGUGUGAGGACGUACGCCAACGUCACAGAUGAGAUUCUAUCAAGAGGUCAGGAGGUCACGGAGACUCACAUCGCCUUCCUCACAUCCCCUAGUGUCUCUGGGUCAUGGAAGUUCUCAGGGAACGUUCCCCGAAUCACACCACGGCGUACGUCGUUCCCUUUUGUAACACUACCUAACACCUACUGGCCGUGGGAGGUCCCAGGUGAGGGAACCCGUAACACACGAAGGCGUGCGUCCCUCCCCACCGUCACACUACCUAACACCUACUGGCCGUGGGAGGUCCCAGGGGAGGGAACCCGUAACACACGAAGGCGUGCGUCCCUCCUUACCGUCACACUACCUAACACCUACUGGCCGUGGGAGGUCCCAGGGGAGGGAACCCGUAACACACGAAGGCGUGCGUCCCUCCCCACCGUCACACUACCUAACACCUACUGGCCGUGGGAGGUCCAAGGGAAGGAGACUUGUAACACACCAUAG